AUGACCACGAAAUCACCAAAGACCCUCGUCGUCACACUCAAGCUGUCACCAGACCACCUGAACAAAUUCUCACGCCAGCCUACACCACCACCCAAGGAAGAGGCCAAGCCAUCUCCGCCAACGCCUGCGCCGCAAAUCAACGAACCCACGCCUGCUGCCACACCCGCCGACUCAACCCCCAACAUGGACGGAAGCACGCCCUCGUCGCUUGCUCCUCCCGCCGCCAAGAGGAAGGGCCCAAAGCCCGGUAGCAAGCGGAACGCCGCGCAAAUGGAGGCUGGUUCGAGCGCCGCGACACCGCCCAAGCAACCCAAGGCCAAGCCAGGGCCAAAGAGGAAGAAGAUGGGCGACAUGAUCAACGACCCCAACUCCAAGGGGCCCUUCCCAACACCCGCAGCCAUCAACAAGGCAGGUCCCAAGGCAAACCUGGGAGCCAUCAACGAGCGCCUGCGCGCCCUCGACAGGUCAGGGGCCAAGUGCCGUCGAUGGGAGAAGAAGGGAUUCCAGGUCCGCAGCUUCACCGGCGUCAUGUGGCAAGUGCCUACCUAUCAGCCAGGCCGCAAAGGCGCCUUUCCCGACGACGUCAAGAGCGACAGCACUGGCACUAGCGACUCCAAGCUGAAGGACGAGAGCAGCGCAAUCAGCGACAAGAGCGGACUCAACGGUGACAGUACACCGGUGCCGACAGCGAUGAACGGCAUGGCAAGCUCUCCCGCCCCUAUACCCGCUUGA